AUGGCGAGUGUGGAAAUUGUUGAUUUGUCUAGUGAUGAUGAAAGUGAAAAGGCCGUUCCAAUUGCGGUUAAAUUGGAGCCGGGGUAUGUUACGGCUGCAGAGAGAGAGCGCGUGAGUGGUGAUCGGAGACUAGUCAAAUGUCAUAGUUAUUCUAGUGUGUUGGAGCAGGGACCGUCGCCAAUUGAUGAUACUGGCAUUUCGUAUGCAUCAUCCGUUUGUGCCGCACCCCUCUCCAGGCAGUUUUGGAAAGCUGGGAGCUAUGAUGACAGACAAGGUUCUCAAAUGUCAGUUAAAGAUGGAAAUAACUAUCUACAUGUACACCCCAUGUUCCUUCACUCAAAUGCAACUUCGCACAAGUGGGCAUUUGGCGCCCUAGCAGAGCUUCUUGAUAAUGCUGUUGAUGAGAUCCAAAAUGGGGCUACCUUUGUCAGUGUAGAUAAAAUUUCAAAUCCAAGAGAUGGAAGUCCUGCAUUAUUGAUUCAAGAUGAUGGCGGUGGCAUGGAUCCGGAAGCAAUGCGUCGCUGCAUGAGCUUUGGAUUUUCAGAUAAAAAUUCAAAGCUUGCUAUUGGACAGUAUGGAAAUGGCUUCAAGACCAGCAGUAUGAGGCUUGGUGCAGAUGCUAUAGUCUUCAGUCGCCAUCUGAAUAAUGGGAUUUUGACUCAAAGCAUUGGACUUUUGUCAUAUACAUUUCUGAUGCAGACACAACUUGACAGAAUAGUAGUACCAAUGGUGAAUUAUGAGUAUAAUACCUCAACUUCAUCGCUGGAUGUGUUAAAUGGCAAAGAACAUUUUAUGGCAAAUUUAGAAUUGCUGUUGCGUUGGUCACCAUAUUCAUCCGAAGCCGAUCUUCUGAAACAAUUUCAAAACAUGGGAUCUUACGGUACUAAAGUUAUUGUCUACAAUUUGUGGUUCAAUGAUGAGGGGAUUACUGAGUUAGAUUUUGAUACAGAUCCCAAGGAUAUUCGCAUUGCUUGGGAUGUCAAGAAGAUCAGUACUAUACCUACACGGAAGAGAAUCCAAGAGGAACAUAUUGCGAAAACAUUUCGUUACUCAUUACGUGUGUACUUGUCCAUACUGUACUUGCGGUUACCAAAAACUUUCCAAAUUAUAUUGAGAGGGCAAGCUGUGAAGCCCCAUAGCAUUGCUGACGAUCUUAAACUUGUUGAAUUUAUCAAAUAUACACCGCAAUGUGCUGGACCUGUAGAGGAACUUUUUGUAACAAUUGGAUUUCUUAAGGAAGCCCCUCAUGUCAAUAUACAUGGUUUCAAUGUGUAUCACAAACAUCGGCUGAUACUGCCAUUUUGGCAGGUUGUAAGAUAUUCAGACAGUAGAGGCAGAGGAGUUGUUGGUAUCAUGCAAGCAGAUUUUGUUGAGCCAACUCAUGAUAAACAAGAUUUUGAGAGAACUUCCUUGUUUCAAAAGCUAGAAGCGCGAUUAAAGUCAAUGACAUGGGAGUACUGGAACAUAGAGAAAGGGAAAUUGGAAGGAACUUGCGAUUUUUUAUUGAUAGAACAAAUGAAAUACAAUCUGAAAAACUAUAAGAGCAGUUUGCUCUCUCAGAAGAUAACUUCUUCUGGCCUAGUAACUUCCAAAUAA